CAUAUCUCCUGUUUAACAAUGAUCAAACCAACUUCGAACAAAAAUACAUAUUGAUUCAGCCAAAGUUCUUGAAGAACCCAUUAAAAAGAUGAAUUUAAAAGUAAUUAGUCUAGCAUACCAUUGGCUAAACGCUCACUCUCAAUCCCAUUUUUGGCCAUGCAAUUGCACGAUUCCAUUAUAUGUAGCAUGUAUAGAAGCUUUCUAGUAUUAUUGAUGAGCGAAGUAGCACUAUACAAGAAGAAGACGGAGCAAUUCUUGGGUGAGAAAUGUCAUCAACUUCUUCAACUUUGACUAUGGAGUCCAUUAAGGAUCAUCCCUUAAUGCCUGCAAGAGUUGUUGUAGCAUAUGAUGCCACGAAAGAUCGAACAGAAAUAGAGUUUAGCCAUACUAUUCGCAGUAUCAGAUCAAGGGGCGAUAUUCUUCAUGGAGGGGAUACGCUUAUGUUUCUUGGAGUUUUAUCAAAAGUUCCUCAUCCUAUGGGAUAUCAGAUGCAAGCACGCCCAGAGUCCUUUCUUGGAAUUACACACGUGCGUCUAGUGGAAGAAGAGGUCUCAAACAAGGUUGAUUUUUGUGUAAGAUUGCUCCAGAAAAGUGCGGAAGAAUAUGAUAGUGAAGGGGUUGACAUUGAAGUCAAGAUUACUGCUGGGACUCCCACAAGGAAAGUUGUUUUACAGGAGGUUAUUACAUCCAAUGCAACUUGGGUUAUACUUGAUAGGCAUCUAAGACGAGAUUUGAGGUUUUACCUUAAGCAAAUACCCUGCAAGGUUGCAAUCAUCGAAGAUAACUUGUCCAUGGUGGUUGUGAGACCAUCCACUAUUAGUGACACAGAUAAAGUGGAGCCAAACUUGUUUAUUUCCCUGGCAAAAAAUGUCCCUCUGUUGGCUGCUCCAAAUGAAGAGAACAAUGAGCAAUUUAUUAUGUCUUGCAAAAGUCACUCUGCCUCCAUGGGAUCCUUGGAAAACUCUGAUAGGAUAAAAAGCAACUUGCUACCUGCUCUGAAGUACAACCCUCAGGAUCAUAACAUAUCCUCACAUCACGAACUUGGCCCAAAUUCUGAAGAUAAAUCAGGAAGGCAUGCCAAAGGAGGAAGCAAGCCUCCAAUUUCUCCACAAGUAAUUGAGAAAUUACGAAGAAAGCCUAGCGGGCAGAGAUCCAAUGAUACACCUGUUCUUUGCAUUGGUUGUGGAAUGAAAACGAAGCCAGAUAUUAAAGAUUCAAUGAAGUUCAGUUUUUCUGAGAUACAGCUCGCAACAGAUGACUUUUCAAAGGAUAAUUUACUAGGAGAAGGCGGUUAUGGUCAUGUAUAUAAAGGUCGACUAAAGGAUGGGCAGUUCAUUGCUGCCAAGCUGAGGAAAGAAGCAAGCACCCAAGGAUUUGCAGAAUUUCUUUCAGAAAUAUAUGUGCUAAGCUUUGCACGUCACAAGAACAUAGUGAUGCUGCUAGGCUACUGUUGCAAGGAGAACCUUAAUAUCUUGGUCUAUGAGUAUAUUUGCAACAAGUCUCUUGAAUGGCAUCUUUUUGAUAAUGAAGGAGAUGUCCUAGAGUGGCAUAGAAGACAUUCUAUUGCCAUGGGAACAGCAAAAGGGUUGCAUUUUCUUCAUGAAGAAUGUCGUGGAAGUCCCAUCGUUCAUUGUGACAUGAGGCCAAGCAAUAUACUGCUUACCCAUGACUUUGUUCCUAUGCUAGGUGACUUUGGCCUUGCAAAACGGAGAACAGAUGAAGGAAAUAUGCACAAAAGAAUUUUGGGAACACUUGGGUAUCUUGCACCAGAAUAUGCUGAGAAUGGUAUUGUUUCUGUGAAAACAGAUGUAUACUCGUUUGGUAUUAUACUGAUACAACUUAUGUCGGGACGCAAGGUUGUUGAUUCAAAUAGACUAGACCAGCAACAUUCCCUAAGACAGUGGGCAAUACCGCUGAUCCAGAGGCUUGCACUACAUGAGCUUGUUGAUCCUCGCAUUCAAGACUUUUAUGACACAUAUGAACUGUAUCUCAUGGUUCGAGCAGCUUAUUUGUGUGUGCAAACUAACCCUGAGAUGCGCCCAACAAUGGGAGAGGUUUUACGUCUUCUAGAAGGCGAAAGUGAUCAUCUUAAUCAAUUAGCAGAUCAAUUUGUAGCCCAUUUCAGUAAAUAAUGAAGCAUGACAAAUCAUGCCUCAGCUACUGGUAUUGAAUGUCCUAAAUAUUUUAAGACUCAGAUUUUAAAUCCUACCAUUUGGUGCAA